AUUAAUAUUUGAAAAAUGUCAGAAAUUUAUUUAGUCUGCAAUUAUAAAAAAUGUCGCAAGGCUUUAAACACAUUUGCGUGGGUAACGAGUUGCUCACACAUAUUUUGCGACUACGAUGGUAGUCGGACAUUUAAUCGUGAAAAAAAAUGUCCUUGCUGUAAUGAAGUCCUUAAUAGACGAUUGGACAUUGUUCAGAUAAACUUAAAUCCAGAUGAAUCUUUUAAAUCUAUGAUAUUAUGUGGUUUAAGACCAGAAGUUGUAAUGGACAUAUCAUUACGAGCAGUGUCUUUUUGGAAUUACCAAAUGACCCAAGAAAAAAUCAUUCAGACUAGUAGUAUGAAAAGGCUUCAAGCAAAAUUUGAACAGGUUAAAAUCAAUAUAGAAACCAUGGAGUACCAGUUUCAAAAACAUAUUUUAAUUGAAACAAAAAAAUCUGAGUCAGCUUUGAAAGAUGCUGAAUUACAAAGACGAAAAACUCAAGAGAUAGAAGAGAAGCUUAUAGAAAAGAGUAGAAUCUUACAUCAAGUUCAGAACCCUAGAGAUGCUGGCAACAUGUGUUUGGAAUUGGCUCUGGAAGGUGAAAGACUGUGCAAAGCUGGAGACUGUCGUUCAGGGGUAGCAUUCUUCCAAGCUGCUGUUCAAGCAGGAACUAAUGACUUACGUACUCUUAGUGCCAUAUACAGUCAAUUAGGCAAUGCUUAUUUUUAUUUAGCAGAUUAUCCAAAAGCAUUGCACUUUCAUAAGCUUGAUUUGGCUUUAGCAAGAACACUAGGGGAUAAACCAGGUGAAGCCAAAUCUAGUGGAAACUUGGGAAAUACUUUGAAAGUAAUGGGCAAUUUUGAUGAAGCUAUGAUUUGUUGUAAACGUCAUUUAGAAAUUGCAAGAGAAUUGGGAGAUAAAUUAAGUGAAGGACGAGCCUUAUACAAUUUGGGGAAUGUGUAUCAUGCUAAGGGCAAACAUAUAGGAAGAGUAGGUCAGCAAGAUCCAGGGGAGUUUCCGGAAGAAGUAAAAGUUUGCAUUGAACAAGCUGUUAAAUAUUAUGAAGAAAAUUUAAAGUUAAUGAAAGAGCUCAAUGAUCGUGCAGCUGUUGGUCGAGCUUGUGGUAAUUUAGGAAAUACCUACUAUCUGUUAGGUAAUUUUAAAGAAGCCAUUCAAUAUCAUGAAGAGCGAUUGAAAAUUGCUAGAGAAUUUGGUGACAAAUCAGCUGAGCGCAGAGCAAAUAGCAAUUUAGGAAAUUCUCAUGUUUUUCUUGGUGAAUUUGAAGAAGCAGCAGAUCAUUAUAAGAGAACAUUGAUCCUUGCUCAAGAAUUGGAAGAUCGAGCAGUUGAAGCACAAGCUUGUUAUAGUCUUGGAAAUACUUAUACAUUAUUGAGAGAUUAUAACACGGCAGUCGAUUACCAUUUAAGACAUUUAGACAUAGCACAAAAAUUACAUGAUAGGAUUGGCGAAGGAAGAGCUUGCUGGAGUUUAGGAAAUGUAAAUCUGGCUUUAGGAAAUCAUGAAAAAGCAUUAUAUUUUGCUUCUAAACACUUGGAAAUAUCAAAAGAAAUUGGUGAUACAGUUGGUCAGGCAACUGCACAGAUAAAUAUAGUUGAUAUUAAAAAAUCUUUGGGUAUGUCAAAUGGACAACUUUCACCAGACAGUAAAGAAUUGUUGGAUACCAUCUCUAACACACAGCCUUCACCUCAACUACGACGUUAUCGGGUGAGACGUCAAAGCAUGGAACAGCUUGAUUUACUUAAGUUGACUCCAGACAACAAAGGUAAAGUACCCAGCUCCAACGACAAGAUUUAUCAGUCUACAUCAACUGUUUCCAAAAAGUCUGAAAAAACUGAAGAUGAUCCAUUUUUUGAUUUGUUGUCACGAUUCCAAGCUGGGCGAAUGGAUGAUCAACGUUGUACUCUUGGUUCCUCAAGAAAUUUAGAAGAUAAAGAAAAUCAAAAUGCGAACAAACUAAUUUCCCAAAUUGGCGGACAUGUUGAAAGUCAAGAUGACUUGUUGGACAUGAUAGCAGGUAUGCAGAGUAAGCGAAUGGAUGAACAAAGAGUAGAAUUGGACCAACUUCCUGGUAUUGCAAAACCAGAUAGUGAACCUGAUGAUAACUUCUUAGAACUUCUUAUGCGAUGUCAAGGGGAACGACUGGAAGAUCAACGCAGUGAGUUACCUGUGUCCAACAUUAGCAGUGAUGGAGAGUCACAACGUACACCAAACCGAGGACCAACUGUACCCGAUGAAGACUUUUUUACAUUAAUUAUGCGCCUUCAAUCGGGUCGUAUGGAAGACCAACGAGCAAGUGUUCCAAUGCCAAAACGAAAUUAAAGUAUGUUAAGUUAUUAAGUAUUAACAAUCAGGUUAUGUAUAUUAUAAAAAUAUUUUUUUGUCUUCAUUUUGGAUUUUUUUUUAACUUUAUGAAAAUCAUAAUUGUAUAAUUAUAUUUCUCUGGUAUUGCUAUAUUCUGUAUUGUAUGCUAAUUUAUAAAAAUGUCCACCAUAUGUUUCUAGUAUUAAAAUUAUCUUUUUUAUUGACUAUCUGACUAUCUAUUAUAUUUAUACAAAUAAUUAAUUUUAUAGAUGAGCUACUAUUAUUUGUUGUAUUAUUAUUUUAAUAAUAUAGUUUUAUCAUUCUUAGAUUACGCUUUUACUAUGAGCAUUUUUCAUAUAUUAUAGUUAAUUUUAGAAUUGGAAAUUAGCAUUAAUAUUCUAAUAGUAUUA